AUGGACGCAAAAGCAAAGUUAAGCAAUCUAGGUAGCAAAUUAGAAAGGUUGGUUGAAAAGUCUGGAGAGGAGGGAAGUUUGGUGGCUAUUUUCCUCACAAAAAAAGUAGCAAGGGAUGUCAAGGACUUAGCAAAAAACCGAGAAGUUUCAUGGUUUAUGAGUGGCCUAGAUUUGGCAAGCUUAGUGGUGAACUCUGAUUUGCUCCAGAUUUCAUGCAGUGCCAUAAAGGCCCUUGAAACAGAAACGGAUGCAUCCCUAAGAUGGAAGCUCGAUAAAAAAUCAAAUUAUACACUCUUAGCCUUCGCAACUUCUAUAUCUAGAAGAGAGAUCGAUCAACAAGGUGGAGAGUUAGUUUCCUCAGCAACUCUCAAGGAUCAGAAGUUUCUUCUCUUUGACUUCUUAUGCUCUGAAAGCAACCAGUCGUGCUCCAUUGAUACAGAUGCUAUCACCCUUUUUAAGGACCAUUUUGAGGAGCUGUCCCAGCUCAAAGCUCAGAUCCAAGAUUCAAAGACUGGUGAACUAUUACUGAGCACUCCAUUAAUUGUCACUGGACACUCUCUUGGAGGAUCAGUUGCUUCUCUCUUUACCUUAUGGCUUUUGGAAAACAUCAACCAACCCUCGCAAAAAAACCAGCCAUCUCCCAAGCUUCCCCUCUGCAUCUCUUUUGGCUCGCCAUUUCUCGGCAACCAAGGCCUCAAACAAGCCGUAUUAGAACGUUCAAAAUGGAACUCUUGCUUUCUGCAUGUUGUCGGAAACGAUGACCCAUUUCCGAGACCUUCCAUUUCCCUCAACAAUUCUGCACAAUCUGCUGCUGAUAAUUACCAGGUUUUCGGCACGUUUAUCUUGUGUUCUGAGAAAGGAUGUGCCUGCGUUGACGACCUCGAGGUGGUUCCAAGGUUAUUGGAAAACAGAAAAGGCAAAGUUUCUUGCGAAGCGCAGGGGAUAUGUUAUUAUGACCGGUUAGUGAAUGAUCUGAAAUCUAAAGUUAUCAUCAGAGGAAAUUCUCAGCUUGAUCUAUCAGAUACAGAUCCACUCAGGACAGGAAUAAUUUUACAACUAGAAGCAAUUGGAGUUGAAAUGACCAUCCAGCAACAACAGCAAAACGACGACCACAACAAUCUUAUCUCCAAUUUAGAAGAACGAGAAAAGGUCCUGAAGGCCGAAAGAAUGAAGACUUCGGACCAAUGGAAAAAACUAAACCGAGUGAAGACAAAAAUGGCCAGCCUAGAAUGGUAUAAGAAGGUUUGCAAGACUAAGGAGAUAGGGUACUAUGACUGUUACAAGAACCAAGUCUCCAGAAGCGAUAGGGAAGUUACCAGGAUCAAGAAACUUCUCAAUAAUUACUGGAAACCUUUGGUAGAGGAAACUGAGAGAAAGCCGCAGAAGGAAGGCGCAUUGAUCCGGACGGCUUGGCUUUAUGCUGGAACAAAUUACAGAAGAAUGGUGGAGCCACUUGAUAUUGCUGAAUACUAUAGAAACAAUGGCAAAGGAGACUAUCAAACCCGUGGAAGAUCUAGACAUUUCCUUCUGCUUGAGCAGUGGCAGAAAGAGGAAGCAGAGAAACUCUCGAGCACACCAAAUAACAAGAAGAAACAAGAUGUGGCUGGUAUUUUAACAGUGGAUUCUUGCUUUUGGGCAAAAGUGGAGGAAGCUCUGAUUUCAUGCAAAUUGUUGAAGGCUGGAACCUCAAGUGCUGAGGAGAAACAAUCGGCGAAAGAGAAUCUGAAUGUGUUUGAGCAGUACGCAAUGGAGCAAAUCAAUGAUUAUGGAGCCUGGCACGCGAGGGAGAGGCUGGAGCUGGAUAGGGAGAUUGGCGUGGGGCUGGUUGUCUCGGGUGAGGCUAGAGCUGUGGCGUGCGAGGGAGUUUUGGGAGAGGGAGAGGCUGGAGUUGUAGCGUGCGAGGGGCUGGUUGUUUCCGGUGAGGGGGCUGGCGUGCGAGAUGAGGAUUGUAGGUGUGGAUGGUGGUUUCAGUUGAAGGAGAUGAAUGGUGGAUGGUAUAAGAAAACGAGUGGGGGGUUGUUAUACGUAGAGUAUUAG